AUGGAUCCAAACCCAAAAAAUUUCCCGAUUCUGUCAUACGUCAUGACCAGAAUCCCCAGCAUCAAACGCCCUAACCAUCCGGAGUCCGACAUCGAACAACAGCGGAUGUCACCUCGGCCGGCGUUCAAUCCAGAACCCUAUUUCGAACUAACUGAACGAAUGCCUCACCUAACAGAUCCCCAGGUUUUGGCCGCCAUGCGUUCCGCCGUUGCCGAUGUAUCUCAGACACGAUCGCUACUGAAGACACUAGGUGAGCGUCCUGACCAUGAAUCUGUGGACAUGGCGAAGGCGAGGCUUGCAGAGAUUGAGUCGAUGAUGUCGAAUCAGCUUGAUGAGAUCGCGUUGUCAGAUAAGGUUGAUCCGGAGGAGGAGAAGAAGAAGAAGGCGAUAGAGAGGGAGAAGCAGAUGCACAAGGCUCUGAUCUCGUUGGAUCAGAUGCACGAAUCGUAUGAUAAAAUGUUGAGUGAUGCGGAGAAGAGGCUUGAGAAGCUUUACGAGACGGCAAAGAAUAGCAGGAAAUCGAUUCCGGUUGUUGACGAAGGAAGCUCCGUCCAAGGUUCGGCGGUUGAUGACUUUAAGGAGGAAGUGGUUGCGAUUCUGACAGAUGCAUUGUCGAAUGGUGCCCAAAGGAUUGAUUUAUCAGAGAGACGAUUGCCAUUUCUGCCUGAAGCCUUUGGGAAGCUCCAUACUUUGGUCUACCUUAACCUAGCCUCCAAUCAGCUUGAGGCCAUUCCUGAUUCUGUUGCUGGACUCGAGAAUCUUGAGGAGCUCAAUGUUUCUGCCAAUAUCUUGGGUUCAUUACCAGAUUCCAUCGGCUGUUUGCUGAAGUUGAAGAUUCUAGAUGUUUCUAGCAACAAGCUAUCUUCCUUGCCUGAUAGCAUCUGUCAAUGCAGGUCAUUGGUAGAAUUUGAUGCUGGUUUCAAUAAGCUGACAUAUCUACCCACCAAGAUUGGUUAUGAAUUAGUGAAUCUAAAGAAGCUUGCAAUCCCUCUAAACAAGGUGAGAAACUUCCCUACUUCCAUUGGUGAAAUGAAAUCUCUUCAGUUUCUAGAUGCACAUUUCAAUGAGCUACGAGGCCUUCCGAAAUCCAUCGGGAAGUUGUCGAAUCUCGAGGUACUCAACCUCAGCAGCAAUUUCAGUGAUCUUACAGAACUUCCCGACGCGAUUGGUGAUCUGACCAACCUCAAAGAACUCGAUGUCAGCAACAACCAGCUUCAGGAACUUCCCAUGACCUUUGGCCGCCUUGAUAAGCUGCAAAAACUGAACGUGGACCAAAACCCGUUGGUGAUUCCGCCUAAAGCAGUGGUGGCGGAAGGGAUUGGGGCCGUGAAGGUGUACAUGGCUCAGCGGUGGUUCGAUCUGUUGGUGGAGGAGGAGGAAAAGAGCAGGCGGGAAGCGGAAGCGAUGGCUAAGGCGAGUUGGCUCACCCGUAGCACCUCGUGGUUGGCUGGAGCCGUUUUCGGCGCGGCUGGGACCGCUUCUCUAUAUUUCGGAGCUGGAGAAAGCGAAGAUCCGUAUCUUGAAGAGGAACGUUGA